GUUUACGUGACGUCAGCCGUAGUAAGCAGUCCCCGCCCCCGUUUCCCUCUGGCCGCCUCGUUUCCCGCGCCGCGGCGCUUCUCCCCUUAAAAGGACAAUAGAGGCCCCGGGAGCGCGCGCGGCCGCCGGGCCUUCUCCCCUCCCAGCCCUCGACGCGCGCGCGCCCGUAUGCAAAUAAGUUCGAUUCAGGAGAAUUUUGUACCGGGAGACGCGCGUGCGCAGAGGGAAAGCGGAAUCUACACCUUCUCGGCCAGCGGUAGCAACUGCAGAACUGCAGGAGACAAUCUUUCUAGACAAGGCAGUUGAGGAGGAGGGAGCGAUUGGAGGGGGGGUUGGCUUGGCGUGCACUCCGCACCUCGGGAACGUUAUUGCGUGUGGAACGGCUGCCUUUGGAAGACUAUUGCCCAGAAGAAAAGAUGUUUGGUUUUCACAAGCCAAAGAUGUACCGAAGUAUAGAGGGCUGCUGUAUUUGCAGAGCGAAGUCCUCCAGUUCUCGAUUCACUGACAGUAAACGCUAUGAAAAGGACUUCCAGAGCUGUUUUGGGUUGCAUGAGACCCGUUCUGGAGACAUCUGUAACGCCUGUGUCCUGCUUGUGAAAAGAUGGAAGAAAUUGCCAGCAGGAUCAAAAAAAAACUGGAAUCAUGUGGUAGAUGCAAGGGCAGGACCCAGUCUGAAGACUACAUUGAAACCAAAGAAAGUGAAAACUCUAUCUGGAAACAGGAUAAAAAGCAACCAGAUCAGUAAACUACAGAAGGAAUUUAAACGUCACAAUUCUGAUGCCCACAGUACCACCUCAAGUGCCUCCCCAGCUCAAUCUCCUUGUUACAGUAACCAGUCAGAUGAUGGCUCAGAUACAGAGAUGGCCUCUGGCUCUAACAGAACGCCAGUUUUUUCCUUUUUAGAUCUCACAUACUGGAAAAGACAGAAAAUAUGUUGCGGGAUUAUCUAUAAAGGCCGUUUUGGGGAAGUCCUCAUUGACACGCAUCUCUUCAAGCCUUGCUGCAGCAAUAAGAAAACAGCUGCUGAGAAGCCGGAGGAGCAGGGCCCAGAGCCUCUGCCCAUCUCCACUCAGGAGUGGUGACUGAGGUUUAGGUAGAAGGGGAACAAAAAUGAUUUAAAUUUUGCAAAGAAAACAAAGCAACAAAACCCUCUUAUUUUUAACUCUGAUACCUGCUAUUCUGCCAAAAGACAAUUUCUAGAAUAGUUUUGAAUGGGUGGUUAUUUCUCCUCCAGUUCCAUAAACUCUGAAGCCAGUGUCUAGCUUACUAAAAGAAAAAAAGAAGUGUACAUAAUAUUUAAGAUGCUGAGUAUUUCAUAGGAAAGCUGAAUGCUGCUGUAAAGUGCUCUUUAAGUCUUUUUUUUUUUUUUUUUAAAUCCCCUUCUAAUGAAUGAAACUAGGGGAAUUUCAGGGGACAGAGAUGGGAUUUGUUGUAUGAUAAACGUAUGUAGUUUUAGUCUUUCUAUAUUGAGAAGCAGUGGUUGGGGCAUUUUUUAAGAUGGCUGGCUAUACUUGUUUUCCUUCAUGAUAAUAAAUUUGUCAUAACUCAGUAACAUGGACUUGCCCCUAGAGGUAGUUGUUAAUAAUUUUGCAAUAAUAAGGUCUUGCCAAGGUUCUGAUGAUUCAAACCUGUACUACUGAAUAUGAAGCAGGACAGACUAAGCUCUCUGGUGCAAAUACCUUGAAGGAGUAAUUUCUAAAUACACAGAGUGGUAACUUGACUGUAUAUGUUGCAUCCUGUGUCACCUCCCUCCAUAUUGAUAUUUGAUAAAGAUUUUAAUCUAUAUUGAAACUUCUAAAGCAGAAUCAAAGCUCCUCUGGGGAAAUGUCACAUUUUAGGAUGAGCAAUCCUAAAUGAAUAGUACCAAAGCAUUACCACAUGGUAGAGAUCACAUUCUAUUAAGAAGGUUAAAUUAUCUGAAAAAAUGUGCAAGUCUUCAGGAUGGCACACACAAAUAAACAAAGGUUAAUGCUUCUUGGGGCACAUUUCUUAGAGGGCUUGCCUAGUGUGUAAAUAAUUGACUUUUGUUUGUGUUACAAGACUGGUGACUUCAUUGAAAAUCUGCACAAUUCAGUUUUAGCUCUGGAUUACUUCAGUUGACCUUUGUGAAGGUUUUAUCUGUGUAGAGUGGUUGUUUGACUUGUUUUAAUCUAUUAGGGUUUUGGGUUUCUUUUCACUCUAUUAAAGUAAAAUUCUAAAAGAAAAGAGGUGUGUGUUAAUGCUGAGUGGGUUGGUUUAGGUUUGGCUUCUUACGGUCAGGCUUUGUGAACCUUGAGAUAUUAGAUGAUAAAUCCUGAACACAGAGCUCUUCAGUUCUAAAAUCUUCAUUUGAAAGCCUUUUACUUGAACCCAAACCAAAGUACUCUCAUUGCCUCUUUUCUAAACAUUCAGGAAGAACAUAUCACCAGUUCAGACUUUUCAUAAUAAGGGAGGAUCAUUUGCCUUCCUUACACUAACAUAACUCAGUGCUUAUUUUUAAAACUGGAUUUUUAAAAUUGGAUAGUAUAAAUAACAAGGAGUGAGCCACUUUCUAUGGGCACCCUAUAGUUUUAUAGUUCUUAAUCUAAACUUAAAAUUUUAUAUUUCUUACGGCACAGACUACAAGCCACCAUAUGCACAGACUACUCAGUGAGUUGGGUUGGCUCUCCCACAGCCUUUGAGGUGUAUUCCAAGAGUCCCAGCCAUUACCAUCUUCCUCCCGUUAUUUUGAAAUGGUUUUUUUUUUUUUUUGUACAUUUUGGCUACAGUAUUGGUGGUAGAAUAUACUAUAAUAUGGAUCAUCUCUACUUCUGUAUUUAUUUAUUUAUUACUAGACCUCAACCACAGUCUUCUUUUUCCCCUUCCACCUCUUUGCCUGUAGGAUGUACUGUAUGUAGUCAUGCACUUUGUAUUAAUAUAUUAGAAAUCUACAAAUCUGUUUUGUACUUUUUAUACUGUUGGAUACUUAUAAUCAAAACUUUUACUUAGGUUAUUGAAUAAAUUUAGUCUUACUAGAAAAUAAAAGAA